CAAUUUUAUAUAAAUUAUUGAACACGUAAUAAAAUUAAAUCAUGACAACCAAAGGAGUCUGUAAUACACGGUGUCAAGCAUUUCAUACUGAAAUGAUAAAAAAAGAGGAAAACACACGUAUUAACUGGUUUUUGAAAAAUCAACAGAAAUUAUUGGAUCAUUUAGAAAAAGUAACAAAAGUUGAAUUGCCGCCGAAAUAUGAACCAGAGAAAAAACCAAGCAUAGGCAUUAUACAUUUGAAACCCUUACCAAAUUGGAGACCUCUCGAACCUGAUGGUUCUAUCAAUAUGAAUAUAAUGAAACCAAUUGAUCCACAAACAAGAGCCAUGUUAUUUGAAGAUGCUCCAAGCUUUAUCACCAAUGAAAAUUACACUUAUAAAAGAUUAAAAGAUCUUCCAGAAAAUCGUUAUUACUAUCCGGAAUGUACAAAUUGGAUAUAUGGAUGGCAUCUAUCAGAUUAUCCAUCAAUUCCACGAAGUAAAGUUUCACAUACAUUUGUUAUGAUGCGUGAAUUUUAUCAUCCAAAAAUAUCAAGUCUUCAUAAAGAUCCAGAAUGGUAUCGUCCUUCAAGAAGAGUAACAUUUGUAUGCGAUGAAAUAAAUUAAUUAUUCUAUUAAAUAAAAUUUCAAUCAGGUAUAUUUUUA